UCAAUGACUCCAAUGACGCUAAAAUGCUCCAGACAAGUCACUUGGGAGAUGCGUGAAGUUGUAGAUGACUCAAUGCCUGUGUAUUCAUGAGUAGCCUCCGGAAAAGACCGAAUAUACUUCGGACGGAAAUGGUUGUCUAGUGGUACGAAAGUUUAGUAAAGAAGCUGGCCCUUUAGAAAAUUUAACACCUUCAUUUAUCACACAGGGAAAGAAGGGCAUUGCCACGAUGAUAGCCUCGCAUCUCCUGGCGUACUACUUCACAGAGCUCCACCAUGACCAAGUACAAAAAGUUGACAAGUAUCUGUACCACCUGCGUCUGUCUGAGGAGAAUCUGAUGGACGUAUCAUUGCGUUUCCGCCGUGAGAUGGACCGCGGCCUGGGUCGGGACACGAGCCCCACAGCUGCUGUGAAGAUGCUGCCCACAUUUGUGCGCUCCACCCCUGAUGGAACCGAGCAAGGAGACUUCUUGGCACUUGACCUGGGCGGGACCAACUUCCGUGUUCUGCUGGUGAGGGUGUCUUCCAACAGCAAGAAGCAGGAAGUUGAGAUGGAGAAUCAGAUCUACGCCAUUCCUGAGGACCUGAUGAGGGGUAGCGGCUCAGAGCUUUUUGACCACAUCGUUGAGUGUCUGGCCAUAUUCCUAGAGAAGCUGGGGAUCAAAGACAAGAAGCUUCCACUGGGCUUUACAUUCUCUUUCCCCUGUCAGCAGACCAAACUGGAUGAGAGUAUCCUGGUGUCAUGGACCAAGGGGUUUAAGGCUAGCGGUGUUGAAGGCAAAGAUGUUGUCAGCAUGUUAAGAGCAGCCAUUAAGAAGAGAGGGGACUUUGACAUUGACAUUGUGGCUGUGAUUAAUGACACCGUUGGCACAAUGAUGACCUGUGGCUAUGAUGACCACCACUGCGAAAUAGGCCUUAUUGUGGGCACAGGCACCAACGCAUGCUACAUGGAGGAGAUGCGCAACCUGGAGACGGUGGAGGGCGAUGAGGGUCGCAUGUGCGUCAACAUGGAGUGGGGCGCCUUCGGCGACGAUGGGGCGCUAGAUGACCUGCGCACCCCUUUCGACGUCGAAAUCGAUGCAGGCUCGCUCAACCCUGGCAAGCAGCUGUUUGAGAAGAUGAUUAGCGGGCUGUACAUGGGCGAGCUGGUGCGCCUUAUCCUGGUGAAGAUGGCCAAGGAGGAGCUCCUGUUCCAGGGCAAGACCACACCAGAGCUGUUGACAACAGGACACUUCCAGACAAGCUUCAUCUCCGCCAUCGAGAACGAGAAGAAUAAUCAGGGUUUGCUGAAUGCGGAGCAGAUCCUGCAGGGCCUGGGUCUGACCCCAUCGGCGGAGGACUGCGUGGCCACACAGCGCGUGUGUCAGAUCGUUUCCACGCGCGCCUCCCAGCUCUGCGCCGCCACCCUGGCCGCAGUCCUGCGCCAGAUCCGGGACAACAAGGCUGCCGAGAGGCUCCGCACCACCGUUGGCGUUGAUGGCUCUGUCUACAAGAACCACCCUCAGUUUGCCCGGCGACUCCAUAAAAUGGUGCGGAGGCUGGUACCUGACUGUGACGUACGCUUCCUGCGCUCUGAGGAUGGCAGCGGUAAGGGCGCCGCCAUGGUAACGGCGGUGGCAUACCGUCUGGCCAAUCAGCACGCCGAGCGGCAGCGCAUACUCGACAAACUGCGGCUGAGCCACGACCAGCUGCUGGAGGUCAAGAGGCGCAUGGCCGAGGCGAUGGAACGUGGUCUGUCCCGUGACACGCACGGCAAUGCCACCGUCAAGAUGCUGCCCACCUACGUUAGGUCCACACCCAAUGGCACAGAGCGAGGUGACUUUCUGGCUUUGGAUCUGGGUGGAACUAACUUCCGUGUGCUGCUGGUGAGGGUGCGGAGCGGAAAGAAGCGCAGCGUGGAGAUGCACAACAAGAUCUACGCCAUACCGCAGGACCUCAUGCAGGGCACUGGAGACGAGCUGUUUGACCACAUCGUCCACUGCAUCGCUGACUUCAUGGAGUACAUGGGGAUGAAGGGCGCCUCCCUGCCUCUGGGAUUCACCUUCUCCUUCCCCUGUCAGCAGAACCGCCUUGACGAGGGCAUCUUGCUGAAGUGGACAAAGGGCUUCAGGGCCACCGGCUGUGAGGGUCAGGAUGUGGUGACCCUUCUGAAGGACGCCAUCCACCGGCACGAGGAGUUUGAUCUGGACGUGGUGGCAGUGGUGAAUGACACUGUGGGCACUAUGAUGACCUGUGGCUAUGAGGAUCCAUAUUGCGAAGUGGGGCUCAUUGUGGGGACAGGCACCAACGCAUGCUACAUGGAGGAGAUGGAGAACGUGGAGCUGGUGGAGGGGAACGAAGGCCGUAUGUGCAUCAACAUGGAGUGGGGUGCCUUCGGCGACCACGGCGAGCUCAACGACUUCUGCACGACUUUUGACCACGCCGUGGACGAGCGUUCAGCCAACCCUGGCAAGCAGCAGUAUGAGAAGAUGAUCAGUGGUAUGUACCUGGGGGAGGUGGUGAGGAACGUUCUGCUGGAUUUUACUUCCAAGGGGCUGCUCUUCCGUGGCCGGCUCUCAGAGAGGCUGAAGACGCGUGGCAUCUUCGAGACCAAGUUCCUCUCACAGAUCGAGAGUGACCGACUGGCCCUGCGUCAGGUGCGCGCCAUCCUGCAGCACCUGGGCCUGACCAGCAGCACGUGCGACGACAGCAUCCUGGUGAAGGAGGUGUGCACUGUGGUGGCGCGCCGUGCUGCCCAGCUCUGCGCCGCUGGUCUCGCUGCCGUGGUCGACAAGAUCCGGAAGAACCGGCAGCUUGAGCACCUCCGUGUCACCGUGGGGGUAGAUGGAACGCUCUACAAGCUGCACCCCCAUUUCUCCACCAUUCUGCGCCAGACGUUGCGUGAACUGGCGCCGCAGUGCGAGGUGUCAAUCAUGCAGUCGGAGGACGGUAGUGGGAAAGGGGCUGCCCUCAUCACUGCGGUGGCUUGUCGCAUGCGAAACGAGGCCAAGUAGUGGAGACUGCACUAAAGAAGAAGAAGAGAUGAGGAAGGGGAAGGAGGGGUCUGAAAGGGAAACUAAAGAUGUCCUUGAGAGACUUUGCUGUGUUGCGCUGACGUGUGAUUGUGAUGAGGAAGCAGAUGGAAUGAAUGGGUUUUUUUUUUUUAUAUAUAACUCUUUUGGUGACGUGUAACACCUAAAUUAUGUGUGCCCAUUGCUAUUUAUGUUUUGGAUUUGAAGCAAGAGAUUAUUCCAGUGAUAAGAUAUUACUGUUCUGUAAUACAAGUGUGUCCCUUCCAACAUUACAGAUUCCUGUUUUAUACUGUGAACGUACAAUCGAUGGAGUUUUAAAUGUUGGUAAUCAAUGUGUAAUUAAUAAGACAGAGCUGCAAAGUUAGGUGUUUUUAAAAUGUAGUCAUUAGUUACUGUAAGAUUUUAUGAGAACAAGAGUCUUUGCACAGAAACAACAUUUGACAUUUCUUCAUGAUGUUCAAGAAGAGUUGUUUUGUUUAUCAGCUCUGAAUUGUGAACCUUCCAAAACACUUCACAUUUUAAACAUGUUCAGUGUGCAAUGAAUCUUAACUGAUUUUAUUUGAUUGGAUUGUGUUUUUCAUAUAAAGUGUGCAGGAAUCUGAAGUCAUGUUAAUUUUACUUGGAUAGUCUGUCGACAGAGACUUUAGAAAUGAUCUGUUGAGGUACAGGUUCAGUAUGUAAAAUUGUUGUUGAACAAUUACUGAACUUAAACUUAACCAAACCAUCCCUUAAUCUUAACUUAAACCAUACAUUUGUUUACACUGUCAACAGAUAGUUUAUUGAUAACCUAAGCAUCUAUAUAUCUGCAGGUUAAAGGGGACUAUCCCAGUAAAGCAUGACCAAAGUCAUUUGUUUGUGUUCUGGAAAGGGUGGAGCAGAGGUCAAUUAAGGGAACUGAAUGUUUGUGCUUUUAGUUAUGCUGUUACCAUGGCCAUCAGAAACAAAGAUGAUGUGUUAAAGUUUAUGUCUUUGUAUCUUCUUUGUAAAGUAAGAAGUUAUCUAGUGAAGUCAUGUCAUUCUUUUAAACUAGAAGUCACAUUUCUUGUUCCACUGAACUUUCAUUAUAAAUCAGUUAUUAUAACUAUUUAAUAUCAGUUUGUUUAAGAUGGAAAAACUGUUAGAAUAACCAAAACUAUGCUGUAGUCUAUUAUCUCAAGUGAAACCCAAAGGUCUGUUAACACCGACUUGGUAUUGAUAACCAGGUAAAUACAAUGUAAUGCUGUCACAAGUCAUUAGACUGAGAUUGUUGAUCUUAUGAAAAAGAAAAAAGUAAAACAUCCCCUCAAAAUGUUAAGUUCCCUAGGAUUAUUUUCUCUUUAGACUUUACUAGUGUUGGAGAGCCGAGAAGUCGACAGUCACAGAAGUUAUACACUCCCACACAUGAUGAUGUUUUCUAAACAAAGUUCAGGAGGAGCCCUUAGGGAUGAUUGACAGCAAUUAACUCACCUGUCUUCCUCCGCCUCCAGGAUAUUUAAGCUGGCCUCCUUAUCCAUACGUCACACGCCCCAGCGUUCGCAAAAUUACCCCCACACAGUUGUCCCCCCCACUCCUUCAUUUCACUGUUAGCCCAGUUACUCAUCCUUCUUACACAGGGGGUGCAAGUGGCCAUUGCUCUAUCACAAUCUCUGCUUCAGACAUUCCAGAAUCACGGGCAGCUACCAUGCCAAACACAUGCUUAGCUUAUACAUUCAGCAUAGCAAUCAUACCGACGGGCAAACUAGUAGACAAAAUUUAAUUUCAUAAACAACAUUUGAGUUCUUCGACCUACCUCAGGUUAUAUAGACUACAAAAGCAAACACCCGUUUCUAGCCACAAGUACCUUCUCACUGAGUUAUGUGUAAACAUUCAUUUUCAACUAACAAAACCACCCACCCAUGCAGUGCUUAUGUGCAACAAUUUAUUUUUAGAUUGAGCACUGAUUCUGUCAUGUUUUGUUUCCAAAGAUGGCAGUCUCUGGCUGUAUAUCUUUCUUUGUAAUCUCACAACAUAUUGUCCAAAAAGUAAGGCCAUGGCAAUAAAGUGUAAUGUUAACAACUUCUACCAACAGAAUCAUAUUAGUCAUAGAUCCUGACUUCUACAUGUUUGUGUCUGGGUUAACAUCUGCCCCCUGUAUGCGUCAUUGGCUGAGAAUGCGUCAUUAAAACUGCCUGAUGAAA